UUAUGCAUUUAUUUAAAGUGGAUUCUAAAUUAAUUUAAAGUACAAUUGCAUUAACAUUAUUUAACAUAAAUACCUCUAACCGUCCACAUACCUACUUCAAGUACUCUAUAUACACUUAGUAAUAUAAAAACAUAAAUAAAAUAACAAAAAACUAUAAAAUGAUCGACGCUGCUUGCAAUUAUCUUAAUCCAUAUGCAACAGCAUCAUUAGCUGUUAUGCCCUCUGCUUCUCAAACAUCAAGCGCAAGCAUGGCACCAUCUGCAGUUGCCGCCGCUGGAAAUGAUUUUGCCUCAUCCAUUGCACUUUAUAACAAAUCAAGCAUGUCUGCUGCUGCUGCAAUGAAAAUGGAAAUGCAAUAUCCGCCACAGCCCUCAUCCACAGGUUCCGCAUCACCUAAUUCAAGCAUACAAUCUGCGCCAUCAUCUGCAUCAGUGUCACCAAGUAUAUUUCCAUCACCCGCCCAGUCAUUUGCAUCGAUUUCCUCAAGUCCGCCUGCAACAGGACCAACUUCAGCAUCGCCACUUUCCGGCUCACCAGCAACUGCGGCACACACAGACAUAGGAGCUGCUGCUGCAGCCAGUGCAUACUCAUGGAACACCGCUGCAUACACAGCACUACCAACUCGAACACAAUUUCCAUAUGCUCAAUAUGCAUCCGAUUAUUAUAGCAAUGUUGGGAUGUCAGCCAGUGCUGCAGCUGGUGCAUGGUUUUCACAUCAGGAUCGUUUGUAUCAGCCUUGGUCUAGUCAAACGUAUCCCAGUUUCAAUUUCGAUGAUAUCGCAUUUCAAACACAACUUCAGCGACGCUCAGUACGUUGUACCUGUCCAAAUUGUGCUAAUGAAAUGUCUGGUCUUCCACCAAUCGUUGGUCCAGAUGAGCGUGGACGUAAACAACAUAUUUGCCAUAUACCUGGUUGUGAGCGUCUUUACGGAAAAGCAUCACAUUUAAAAACACAUUUACGUUGGCAUACUGGAGAACGUCCCUUCCUCUGCCUUACGUGUGGCAAACGUUUUUCACGUUCAGAUGAAUUACAACGUCAUGGACGCACUCAUACCAAUUAUCGCCCUUAUGCUUGCCCAAUUUGCUCGAAAAAAUUCUCACGCAGCGAUCAUCUCAGCAAACAUAAAAAGACACACUUCAAGGAUAAAAAAAGUAAGAAAGUUUUAGCUGCAGAAGCCAAGGAACAAGGAGGAGCUGUUAAACAAGAGAAAAGUCAAGAAGCUGUAGAGAAAACCAAUAACAAUAACAGCAACAACAAUAAUAGCAACAAUAAUACUAAUAAUGCUACUAAAGUAACUCACAACAGCACUCCAGCUGCGUCAACUACAAAUGUGGCUGCUCCUUUAAACACAGCAACAGCUAAACCAACUACUUCCUUGCGUCCACAACAACCAAGUUCACAAAUACAAUUGAAAACUGAGCAACCAGAAAUUCCAGCUGGCUAUAACCCAUACUCAAAUUUAUACCAUCAAAGUUCCACCCUAUUCCAUCCACAUCAUUUGUCCACAACAAGCUCAUACAGUGGCUUACAUCAGAGUACUGCUCAACAACCUACCGCUUCACUUGAUCUCUGGAAUACUCAUCAUCAUCAUAGUAGAAGUGCCAUACUGGAACAACAAACAUCCUCCAGCAAUCCCUCAACUGCCAUUACCGCCGCCACUGAUGCAAACACUACCUCAGGAAUUUCAAGUAUUCAGCAACAGCAGCAGCAACAACAACAACAACAUCACCAACAUCAGCCAAGUGCAGCAAAUUCUACAACGAAUAGUCAACACUACGCUGCACUAGCUAUGCAAAGUGAAUCACAACUUGCCGCUGAAUACGGUCUGACAAUGUCAUCUUCAGGUGGUAAUUCAUCCCCCAUAAAUCAUAUGCAUCAUGCGGCAUCAGGAGCUGCCAGUUCAUAUCCAGCCGGACUUAUUGGACAGAUGAAAUCAGAAUAUCCUACUUAUGCUGAUUAUGCAUCCACAACAGGAUACGGAUCUACUGGGGCAUUUCAUCAUCAUCAUCAUCAUCCACAUAACCCUUGGACUACUGCGGCUGCAUAUCAACAUCCCCAUGCUACUGCUUAAGAAAUGGAAUAUAUUGAGAGGAACUCUUUAUGCAUUUAGCGUGUUUCGCUUAGUCGAUUUUAUUGUUGCUUAAGUUUUAAUGAAUACUUCUUCAUCAUUUAAAUACUUUCAAUCUUCACGAUGUUAAGUUUUAGUGAAUCAAGUAUUUU